AUGGGAAAAGAGUAUUAGUAGAAGAUAAGCUAGAUUAUGCAAAUAGGAUUCUAGAAGGCCUAGGCUGAAAAUGCUUUGCAAAUAUUUAAUGGAAACGUUGAGCAAGCUAUUGAUUAUCUUCUUUCAAGUCAACUUAAUCAAGUUCUUCGAAAAACACGUCUAGAUCUCUCAUAAAUUAUGUACAAUGUCUCAGUUUAUAAUGACGUAUUUUAGAAUGAAGGUCGAUAAAUGUAGCUAGCAAUGGAAUAAAGUAUGAUGAAGAAGACUUAGGCGAAUUCUUCAUCUAACAAGACAAUGAUCAGCCUAAAUCAGAGUCAGUAAAAUAUUGAAGAUGAACUCAUUCUCGAGUACGAACCUCUUGAUGCUGAGGAUAGACAAAGACAAGAUGAGACACCAGUUGGUCUUAAAAACAUUGGAAAUAAGAAAAUUUUGAAAGCUUAUCUGCCAGAUAAUCGACUAGAGGAAUAACUCAAGCAGCUUUAAAAAACCAACAUUGAAGAGUUAAACAAAAGGAGGAUGCGUUACUCAAGAAAUUUAGUUAAUCAUCUUUCUAAACUUCUAGCUUAGUUGAUAAUGUCUAAUAGGAAGUACGUUGAUCCUACCUAAGUAUUGAAAACUUUGGUUGAUGAUUUCGGUAAUCGUAUUUUGAUAGGCGAGUAGAAAGAUAUUGGAGAAUUCUAAUUAAACUUUAUUGAAAGAAUCGAAGAGGGACUAGGAGAGUCAAAUCUUAAUGAAAAUGCAUAGGGAGAUAAUAAUAAACUGAAUGAAGAGUAGAAAUUUCAGCAAACAUUAAGCUAGCAGGUUGAUAGGAAAUCCUCUCUUGUCUUUGAUUUGAACAAAAUAGUUGGUGAAUAGAAAUUCAACAGUACUCAAUAAAUAGAUUCUAAACAAAGAGCUAAGAAUACAAUCUAAGAAAAUUUCUUUGGAGAAAAAAUAUCAAUCUUGAAGAUCAUAAAGAACGACUAAAGAGAAUUAGUAAUGUCUGAAAAGCGGGAAAAAUUAGGACCAAUAUAUCUAGACAUAUAACACUAGAGGCUUUACGAAGCAUGGAAUGAAUCAUUUUAAGAUCAGGUGUAAGGCUAUUUAAAAGAUUAGGAGACUAGUAAAUGCAUUAAUGAGUUUUACAUUACAGAGCCUCCUAAUGUGUUGUUCUUUUCUCUUAAUAGAGUUUAAUAUGAUCAAAAGUCAAAAGGAGCAGUCAAAAAUAUGAGUUAAUUCACUUUUGAUAAGGUCAUUUACGCAGAUAUGUUCUUACAUCAGAAUAAAGAAAAGACUGAUUAGCUAAGAUAAGAUGUUAUACAGAUUAAUGACUAGAUAAAGAUUAUGCGAUAAAGUAUAGAGUAAUAUCAAAAAUACAUACCGACUAAUAAUAAUGGAGGAGUAAGCUUAUUAGAUACCUUAGGAUCGGCAUUCUAAUUUCUAGAUAUCAAUAGUUCAUUCCCUCCAAGUCCUAUUCAUCACAUAAUUGGUGGUGAAUAAAUCACUAUUCAUAAUCCGUAGUAAAUUGGAUAAUUAGAUUUUUCGCAAGAAGAAUUGACGAAUGCCUUGAAAGUUUUGAAAAUUUAUCAAAAUGUAGUUGGGUAAUAAAUGAGUACCCUAGAGGACUAGAUCCAGAAUCUUAAUAAGAAACUCAAAAAUAUUUAUGUCUAGUCAAAAGAGACACCCUAUUAUCUUCAUGGUAUAUUAGUUCAUCAAGGAUACGCAGAUAGUGGCCACUACUUUUCUUAUGUCUACGAUAGAAAAACAAAGAUUUGGUGGAAGUUUAAUGAUCACAUCGUGCAUCAAGAAAGUGAAGAGACUGUAUUAUAAGAUGCUUACGGUGGUCAAAAUUAAACUAAUACCGCAUACAGUCUUAUUUAUAUUAAUAGCAAAGUAGCGAGCUAUCUUGAAAAGACAUCAAUAUUGGAUAUCUACAAAGGUAUUGACCUAAAGAUUGAUCCCUCACUUAAAAAGUUUGUUCAGGAUAUAAAUCAUAAAUUCAUCAAAGAGGUAUCAACAUUUAAAGCAGAGAAAAUAGUCAAGAGCAUUGUAGAUACCUAAAAAGCUAGAGUAAACUUUAUCAAUAAUCAACUUUCAUAAUAAAAAGGAUCCAGUUUGAUUCAGCACAAUUUGAUCAAUUUCCCAAUAUUCCUGAAAUGUGAAGAGUUAUCAACCUUUUCGAGAUGGUUUAUAUUGAAUUCUUGUGUGAGAGAAUAUCACCCAGCUUAAUUAAGUUUGGUGGACUUGCCAGUUGACGAUUUCGUUUACCAAGGAUUGAGAAAAAUGUUUGCUAAUACUUUUCUCUAGCUCUCUGAUAAGGAAGCUAACACUCUAAAAUUGAAAAUGAAAUAGUUUAGGAAAUAUAAGUAGCAAUGCGCUAUUAUUUGCGAUAUAAUGAUGAAUCUAAAUUAGUAAAAAUACCAAAUUGCUCUAGGAUGCCUCUCAUAUUUAAACAAGGAGUUACCUGAUACACUUUAAAAAUUCAAUAAUUUACCUCAAGAUUCCAAUAAAGUCUUCAUUUUGCAGUGCUUAAUUUAGGUCAAUGCUGAAUAUGUAAAAGGUGAUAUAAAUAGUGCAUUGAUCCUUGCAAAUAUAGCAGUGGUGGAUGGACUUUAGUUCUUAGAAUCCUCAGAUCCACAUUUCAAGUAAAUAUUGGUAUGCCUCGAAAGAAGCUACAAAGCAAUGAAGAAGAAAUUUAGUAAAGAACAAGAGAAAAAGUUCUCAGAAAUAAUAAAGAAACUCAAAAAAUCAAAGAUUGAAGUAGAGGAAAAAGUUAAUCCUUAAAUAACAGAUGAACUAAAAAUAGAAAUAAAUGAUAUAGAGGAUGAAGACCUAGAAAAAUGGAAGGAAAACUGGGAUCCAGAUCAUAUUGCCUUCAGAUACUUCAAUGUCCUUUAGGAAUAUAGGAUAAGAUAGGAAGCAUAUAUAAAACUUCAUCUAUAACUUACAGAAAAGAAAAGCACAUUAAAUGAUGAGGAGCUUUACAAGGUUGAAACCAACCUAAGUAUAGAUAUAAAAUCAAUUAAAUGA